AUGUUCAAGAGAGUAGCAAAGAGAAUCAAGAGGCAGGAAGAAGACGAGGCGCUCGGGCUUGACGCAGAGGCAAAAGAAAUUCUGGGUUUGCACGACACCGACUCGGAUGAAUCCUCUUCGGCAUCGGGCUCGGAUGAUGAGUCGGAAGGACAAGGUGAAGAAAGCGACCAAGAGUCUCAGCUAAAUGGGGAUGUGGGUGAGGAUGAAGACGAGGAUGUGCAGGAAAGCGCAGCCAGCGACGAAGAAAUCGAGGAUGUAUCCGACGACGAGCCGACGCUCUCCCUCGCUGAGGCGUUGAAGGAUCCACUAUAUACCAUUUCCGUCGAUCCCGAAGUGCAGGGAUGCGCCAUAUGUCCAGGAAAGCUUCUCAAAAAUGAAACUAUGGCGGAGGUGCACAGGUCGUCUAACGCACAUGUUCGAAGAUUCAAACUCUUUGUCCAAGUAGCGAGUAAGGCAGAGCCUGGCACGAGCGUCAGGAAGAUCGUGACGACGCAAUUAAAGCAACCCCCGCAGGAGACUAAGGAGCAGCCGACAAACGGCAAGCCUUCCAAAAGAGCUGAGAAGAGGCGAGAGAAACAGGCCAUCAUCAAGGCCAAGCGGGAGAGACACAAGAAAGCUAAGGCGGAUGGAAUAGCAAAAAAGGCGGCGAAGAAGGCUGCCCAACAGGCAUCGAGGGGGGACGCUGAUGCCGGUUACCCAUCGACACCUUCUCCCGUAAAGUCUCACAAAAAGCGGAAAGAAGGGCGAGAUAAGCCUAGUGAAAGCCUCAAAAAGGCCCCAACGAAAUUAAACCCAACCACUGUCUCUAAACCCAAACGCCCAAAAUCCACGAAAGUAGAUGACGGAUCGAUUGCAAAACCUACUCGGCAUGACAAACCAGAAGGACGGAGCCGCAUACAUGCUCCCGACGCUAGAGUUGGGACGAAGCGAAAGCGACGCGACAAAGACGUCUAG